AUGCCUGAUGAAUCUUCAAAGAUCAGAUCCCUCAAACUUUAUGGCCCAAAGUUGCAGACGCUUAACCUUGGACCAAUUCCAAAUCUUGAGGAGUUAGAUCUUAAAAGUGAUUUAUUAGAACUAAUUUACAUGCCUAUUGAAUGUUCAAAUCUCAGAUCCCUCAGAAUUUAUGGUUCAAAGCUGAGGACACUUAACCUCGGGUUGACUCCAAAUCUUGAGAAGUUAGAUCUUGAUGGUGAUUUGGUAGAACUUUACAUGUUGGUUGAAUGUUCAAAGCUCAGAUCCCUCAAAUUCACAGGUUCAAAGUUGACAACGCUUGACCUUGGGUUGACUCCAAAUCUUGAGAAAUUGAAGCUUAGAGGACAUGGUGACUUGGUAGAACUUUAUACGCCUCUUAUAUGUUCAAAGCUCAGAACCCUCAAAAUUGAUGGUUCAAAGUUGAGGACACUUAACCUCGGGCAGACUCCAAAUCUUGAGGAGUUAGAUCUUAACAGUGAUUUACUAGAACUUUACAUACCCGUUGAAUGUUCAAAGCUCAGAUCCCUCCAACUUGAUGGUUCAAAAUUAAGGACAUUAGACCUUGGAAUGACUCCAAAUCUUGAGAAGUUAGAUCUUGAAAAAUGCUAUGAUUUGGUAGAACUUCAUGUUCCCAAUGAAUGUCUAAAGCUCGAAUACCUCAAACUUUCUGGCUCAAAGUUGAGGACACUUGACCUGGGACACGCGCCAAAUCUUGAGACAUUGUCUCUUUAUAGCUGUGACGAUUUGGUAGAACUUCACAUGUCCUGCAGUUGUCUAAAUUUCAAGUACCUUUAUCUCUAUAAUUUAAAUUUGAGGACACUUGACAUUGGGAUGACUUUUAAUCUCGACAGUAUAGAACUUACAAACUGUUAUUAUUUGGAGGAACUUCACAUGCCUUGUAGGUGUCUAAAUCUCAGGUACCUACGAAUCAUUGGGUCAAAGUUGAGGACCCUUGAUAUUGGGCUGACUCCGAAUCUUGAUUGGUUAGAAGUUUUAAACUGUAAUUAUAUGGAAGAACUUCAUAUGACAGAUGAACAUCAAAAGCUCAAAUCUCUCAUCAUUAGUCAUUCAAAGUUGAGGACCCUUGACCUUGGUCUGACUUCAAAUCUCAGGAAGUUAGUACUUAAAGAAUGUUGCAAUUUGGUGGAAAUUCAUGCUCCCAUUGGAUAUCUAGAAAAUAUUGUCUACAUAGACUUGAGUGGCUGUUUUGGGUUUAGAUCUUUUGUGUUUCACAAAAAGGAUAAUAGUAGUGCUAAAUUGAGUGACUCACUUGAGGUUCGUCCUUUAACCGAAUUACAUUUCACCUUAGAAAGAUGCCCAUUUCACCCCGACAAAGAUCUGACAAAUUUUGAGUCUACAUGUAUUCAUAAAGAAGAUCUACUCUCAUUGACUAGAACUAUUGAGAAGCUUUUUUCUCAAGGUCUGUGUGGUUGCACAAAACUUGAGAUGAUUUUAAGAAGCAUUCGGUUAGAACUUUAA